GCAACAAAGUGUGCCAGCGAGCAGCUGGCCUGUGUUCGAGCCCCCUCAAGGCUGGGCUCACUUAAUCAGCCUUCUCGGGCAACCGACGCCCGAACAUCCCUUUCUGUACCUCAACACAAAAGACGAAUUUGCCGCCUUUAUUCGGCGCCAUCAGAAGCGCACCCGCCUCAUUCAAUACUGCUUGCCGAUCUGCACCCUUCUGCUCGGCAGCCUCUUGGCCGCAAGAUGGGGCCGGCACCAUAUUGGUCAUCUCCGACUUGGCCAAUGCUAGUCGUGGAUUCUGGCGUUGCCCUGACAACCAGUAGUGGUGUGGUCAGCUGUUAG